AUGUCGAGCACUCAACAGUUUGAUGUUCUAAUCGUCGGAGCAGGACCUUCAGGCCUGUAUGCGGCUUUGCUUUUAGGAAGCAUGGGCGUUUCAGUCCGAAUUAUUGAUUCAAAAACAUACGUGUCCGGCUCAGACAAUCCUGCACUCCUUCUUUCACCUCACACACUACAGCACUUACAAGCGGUCGAUCUUGUCCAACCACUCGUUCAAAAUGGGAUGCGUCACUGGCGUUUCCAGCUCUAUGUAAACCAAGGUCGAGGAACCAACUCGAUUUCUGUUGAACGGCAAAGUUUUCGCGUUUGGGAGAAAAAGAGCUCACAGUAUAAUUGGGCCUUAUCGUGUGAAGCAACCGAUGUCUGUAACGCUUUCAGAGACGCGCUGUACAAACGAACCGACAUUCGUGUUGACUACCAGCAUCGGCUCGUUCAUCUUCAAGACAUGACCGAUCACAAAAAUAAAUCACAGUCUGUUGAUUACCCCAUUGUGUCUACCAUCAAGGAUCUCAGAACAGGUCGCGCCUUUUGCUGGCGCUCGCGUAUGAUCAUUGGAGCGGACGGAGCAGACAGUCUUGUGAGACGAAAGCUCGGUACACCACAACGUAAUCGUGGUAUGAGUUGUGUGGCUCCGCUGUACACUCUGCAAGUUACUGCUGAAAGCGACUUUCCUGGACUACGUACUGUUUCGGUCGUCAGGAAAGGCGAAGAUUCGGUGCUGUUGAUUGGUCACCGAAAAAAGCUGUACGUUAUUCUCGAGCAAAAUCCCAAGUGGAGCCAGCUAGCACUUCUUGAUUCGGAUGACGACUUGCUAGAAGCCAUCCAUUCUCAUGUGCAAUCAAUACUUCAACCGUACGAUUUUCGUUUUACCGCUAUCCACGAGUAUCGUUGCUGGCAUGCUACCGAUCCUAUUGUGGAGGAAUACAGUGCAAACAGACGCUGGUUUCUUGUCGGCAGUGCAGCACAAGUAAUCAGUCCACCCGAGCUCCUGUCAGCUAACCUCGGUCUGGAUCAGGUGUACAACCUCUGUUGGAAAAUCUCAAAGUACUGUAAAAACUAUGCCUCCGCCCACUUGCUCGAUACAUAUGAAACAGAAUCAAGGUCCAGGACAAAUGACUAUACCGUUGUUUCUGAUGCUUUGAUGGCAAUGAUAACCAAUGCUGCUGUUUACGAGGAAGAUGAAAGGGGCGAUGUGCAAAGCGGCAACAGCAGUGUAGCCAGCACGCCUAUCCAGCGGCUCAAGUGGGGCAAAAGUUGGCAUAUUGGUGGCGUAGCUUACCCGAUCAGUGACAUCAGUCGAUCUUCCAUUCAAGCUCCUAAUGGAAAACUGAAGCCAUACAAUGCUAUGCAACUGCAGACAUCACCUUUGUCGGGCCCAAGAAGAACAAGAUCAACGUUAGCAGGCAAGGACACUUCCUCGCAGCUCAGCAUAACAUCUCCUUCAGUAAACAGCAGCACCACAUCUUUCCUUUCUCGUAGUCGAUCUCUCAGCAGUCUCGCCAUGCGCUCAAAAUCGUUCCUAGGGCUUCCUCGAACAUCGACAGACAGCGUUCCGCCUGAUCGAUUCGACCCACAGAAACGACCAUUGACCCGUAGUAUAACAAGGAUCAAAGCACGAGGCUAUCAGCAUUAUGAUAACAACUCGGUAGUGAGGGCAAAUCAUCCGGAUACGUGGAGAAUCAUUAAAGCGAACCAUUAUGACCUACUUGAACGAAUUGCAAAAGAUGCGCAGCCGGGAGCAUUCACUAUUUUGAUUUUUUGCAAUUCACUCGCCGAGGAUAGAAACUUGAAGAGUCUUCAGCAGUUCAAGCAAUAUAUGGAUACCCCUUCGUCAAUGCUGCAGUAUGAGCAGCGAAGGCUUCACGAUAGCCGAUCAUCGAUACCAUCCGAAUCUCUAUAUGGUACAGCGCCAGUAACACCAACAACCAGCAGCGAAACAUCUUCACCACGCUCAUCACUUUCAUCCGGAUUCACCGCUGCUACUAACCGCCUUUCGCGGUUUUUCUCAAUGUGGUCCUCAGUAUCGUCGAUUGCUUCCUCACCCUUACCGCCUGCGCCUCAAUCAUCGCCACCGCCGACACCAGCCACCGCAUCUCCUUUACGAUUAUUCUCCUUCUUGUACAUCACAUCCUCGACCAGACAGCAAGUCCAAGAGUUAUUGUCAAAUAACUCGGAUUCAUUCAUGCACUCCCUUUUCCCGAAAGGACUCGAACGUCUAUACAUUGACCAUGACAAUCUAACGCACUCAGCAUAUGGGAUUAAUAGCAAUGAGCCGAUGAUCGUAGUGAUUCGACCUGAUGGGUAUAUAGGUAUGCGAGCGUGUAUCGAUCAGGUCGACCGCUUGAACGACUACUUUGAUGCAUUUAUGAUUCCACCAGUUGACCUCGAUUCAGCUGCUGCCGAUGUUGCAAAUGAUUAUCUGUUUUGA